AUGGCCCCUUCCUUCCUUCGCAAGAGAGCUAGACCUCAAUCGGUCUCACCUACAGACCCCACCAAGGUAGUCAGGCCUUCUUUAUCUCUACCCGAUCUUACUACACCUUUAUUAGACGUAUCAUCAUGGGAAGAAGUUCCUCCUUUUAGAUUUUCGACUAAACAAUCUCAAUCUCAAACCCAAAAUAAAGAUAAAGAAAUGUCAUUUAGAGGUAGAGGUAAGAAACCAAGUUUGGUUUCUGGAGAUACUCAAUUUCAUAGACCUUUUACACCCAAAUCGGUACAUUCCCCUCAACCUCAACAAGAUAUAUAUAGUAUAGUGGAUAUCAAUUUUGAUCGGAAUGGAUAUGGAUAUGGAGAUACGGUUGAUAAGAAUGAUUUUAGGAAGAGUAGGAUUGGUUGGUCAAGCGAUCAUCCAUUUUCACAACCUAUGAAUUUACCUCCAACAUCUUGGACUAACAACAACACGAGCAACAGUCAUCGACCAAACUCGAAUUCAAAUUUGUCCUCACCUUCGAUUUCGCAAGAUGGUCAGAGAGAUAGUUUACAUAGAGUGAUCAGCAGAAGAAAAGGUAGGAAGAAGGGGACAGUAGGCAAAUUAAAUGUAGUGGUAGUAGGUGGACAAGGUGUAGGCAAGACUAGCUUCGCAAACCUACUUCUUUCAUCACUUUCCACCCCGGAACUUCCAACUCCAUUUAUCCCUCUCAAUCCCACCAAAUGUCUUAACGCCUAUACGGCCAUAUCGACCAUCUCGGAAAGGCUUUUAGUGCGAAUUAUCGAUACUCCAGGAUUAGACCUUAGAUUGAAUGAUGAGCUGUCCCACAAAUCCCGUGAGAGGGGUGUUAGUGGAUUGAUAAGGUUGUUGGAAGAUAGGUUCGAGGUCAUGUGUCAGGAGGAAAAGAAGAUUCGAAGGAUGACAGGUGGGGAAGAAGGGCUGAUACAUCUUGUAAUUUACCUGAUCGACGCCGGAACCAUCCUUCAUCCUCAAUCACCUCGAGAUGCAGACCCAGUAGACUGGUCUUGUCUAGGUUUGUUUGAUGACGAUCAACCUUCCUCUCAUCCAACGUCAGUGCAUGAUGAUGGGGUCUCGUCCACUCAUCCAAAGGUAUCAGAAGUCGAAGUCGAGAUAAUCCGUAAAUUAUCGAGAAGGGCUAAUGUCUUACCUAUCUUUACUCACUCUGAUUGUCUGACUGUAUCGGAGUUGAACGUGGUAAAAGGCGCUAUGAAAAGGGAUCUGGGCAAUAAGAAGAAUGAUAUCCCAGGUAAAGGGUUUGGGAUAUUGAAUGAGCUCGAUGAAGGCUCUAGGAAGAGUCUCGAUUUCUCUGAAUCCCACAGACCUUCUCUGAGCCAAGAUCAACGACCACCUACACCCGACUCAUUCGAGUCACCACCUGAGCACCACCCACCUGGGUCUGAAGUACCCUAUUCUCUAUUCCUGCCCGAUCAUACUACCACGACUUCCAUUAUCGAAGAAGACCCAUCUAGGAAAUAUAAAUGGGGAGAAGCGAAAUUGUUUGAUCCGCUUCAUUCGGAUUUUAUACAGUUGAAAGAAAAUAUCUUGGGAGAUAAUUCGAAGAUUCUUAGAAGCACUACCAGAGAGACGUUGUAUGAGAAUUACAGGACUGAGAGGUUGUUGGCUAAGACUGGGAUGAGAUUGCAAUUGGAAGAGAAAGAGACACUGUUAAAAGAGAUCCACAAGGUCUGA